UAAGUAGCCUAUCGGAAGCACAGUCAACCUUGCAGAUACUUGAGAGCAAUGGUGCAUUAUCUGCAUAUACGACUGAUGAAGCUAUUCAUUAUGACCACUAUAACAAAAGUGUAUUUCACUAACUGCCGGAGGUUUGCUGCAUACAUUCACGCCAUUGACUUUGACUGGACAAUAUCAAAGAGUCUGGGACAUUCCUAAGUUGAACGAUACUGACAAAUUGUGAUAAAGCUAUGUUUCAAGACUACGAAUACCGUGAAGAUGGAAUUUCCACAAUUGCCAAGAGUUCAACAAAACCUACUGUGUCGUAUCAUGCGGCAGUUCAUCAUUCCAUGAGUAUUCCCGAGUCGGUUGUUUCCUGGCAAGAAUCUACAUUUGAAAGUUCUCAGGACUUUAGAGAGUCGGAUUUAGGAGGGAACAAAAGUGCUUUAAAUAAAGUCAAAUUCGCAGCUGAAGAUAAUCAAAGCAACAAACUUCGUAACUUUAGAAAGAAAAAGUUGGGCGCAAUAAUGGCAAGUACAGAUAUGCUCUUCCACAGCGGAAGAGAUGAAAAUAAAAGAAUGAAAGCUGCCUUUGGUGCGUUUUCAGGUUUGGUAAUUGGAGGUCUGCUGUUCAUUUUGUUACUGUACAGCUUUGGAUACAGUAAACUUGUUGCGGGAAUAUGUGCAUUAGUCUGUACUCUCUUUAUUUGCAUAGGACUUGCUCUGUUCCCCGCCUGCCGAUGUAUUAUGGCUCUUGUCUUCCCUAAUUUCUUUACGGGGAAUGGCCGAGCGGUUCUUUUCUCUGUUAUUUUUGCAAUCAUGCUAACCGGACCGAUUCUUAACAUUACGAACAAUGCCAAAGAAACCGGAAACAGCAUGUCAUGCGUCAUUGAUCUUAUUGCCAACCAGUCCAAACAGUUGCAACAACAGCUAACUGAGCCAGUAAAGCAUAUUGGGAAAUACGUGGACCAACAAAGAGAAGCACUACAAAAUAUUAAGGCCAAUAUGGUUAUCGACUUCAGUGGUUUAAAGGAAGUUGUGGAUACACUGGAGAAAGAUUUUGUUACAGUGAAUAAUAACCUGGACAGCGUUUAUCAGGUCUGUGUAGUACCUGUAAAGAACGUAAUUCAGAAAUGUAGAGACAAGUGUGAGGCUUUCAUUUUUGAUCUGUUCAGCGGGAUUGGGAAAUUUACCUUAGGCCGUGCUGAAAGUUACUUCAAUGCUGACAUCAAAGUUGCAGCUGAUUUUAAUUCCAAAAGUAACAGCUCUAAGGAAGCUAAAACGGUGACAGAGCAAUUAAAGAAAGACAUAGAUUCUAAAGUUAUCAGUUUCCAAACUUUUAUGAAAAUCGUAAAGUACGUUUUGUCGCUUUCAUUGGUUUUAAUGUUUCUACAAGCAUUUUGGUAUUUUAGAAAUUAUAUGUCAAAAGAUAGCUACGACAAUAUGUACAUAACAAAAGAAUUUAAUGAGCUUGACAAGAGGAAACAACAUGAUGGUGAAGAGUCUCUUUUACCGUUGAAGAAAACUGAGCAAUCAGAAUAUAUCUACACAAGGUCAUUUAAAAUAACCAAACAAGAAUUUGACAACUGUAAAAUAGGGCUGACUCAGGUUUUCCUCCAUGCUAUCUUUUGCAUUGUGGUAGUACUUUUUGAUCACUUCUUGUAUUAUAUUUUAAACCUGAUCCAUACAUUUGGCCAAUUUGAAAUUGAUCUAAGUGAAAAAAGCCGUUUGAAAGUCAAUGUAAAUGGAACUGGUUUAAUAGCAAGUUUUUACAGGAGUAUUUUCAAAGGUAUCGACAUCGAUGAAUACUUUCUAUCUGAGAUGAAACUUGAAAGGUGUAUACCUAGUCCUACUCCUCCGACUGACGAAUACGUGCUCGUUUUUCUCGUGCUUUAUAUUCUAGCGAUAUGUUUUGUCAUCCUACGAGGUUACGGAAUGCGCAUGCGUAGAAAGAUUGCUGCUUACUACUACCCGGAACAGGAAACAGCAAGAAUGGAGUACUUGCACAAAACAAUUAGACAUCGAAGAGUUGCACGACAGAGGUUUCUUCGUCAAGAAGUUAAGUCAGCUCAUAAAGAAAGCGUAUUGAAAAAAAAGUUCCGCCUUUCGACAUGGGUAGUGUCUCGGUUUCCAUGUAUAACUAGAUGUAUUUCACCAAGGGAACAGCUAGAAUGCAGCAGCUGUGAAGAAAGGCAGGGGAGGUUCAGUUCAGUUAAGCUGACAAAAUGCCCUGGAAUGAGUGAUGGUAUUACAUGUACAGCAGUCUAUUGUGAUGAGUGUAGAUUAAUUCUGCGAGGCAAUUGUCCUCUGUGUUAUCAAGAGGAAGUUGGAUUAAGAGACUAACACAUGCUAUAAAUUUCUCAAAGAUAUAUUAAUUCAUUUUUUCAAAUAUUAAUAUAAUACCUUGUACAUCAUGUAACUUCUUUUACAUAUUUCACGCAUUUCUUUCACAUGAUCUACACAGCUGUUGUGUGGUGAAACCAAAUACUACCUGUAUUCUUCAUAUGCUAGAAGAACUAAAAUUAUACAAAUCAGGUACUAAUUUUAUCAACUACAGAUGACUACUUAAACAGAACAAACAUUAUUAAUGGACAUUUAUUUAUACUGAACAUUCCACUGGAACAACAAAGUUGUCACUUAUUACUUUUACCAGCAAUCCUUUAACAGUUUUUGUUUGCGUAUUUCCCAAAUAACCCUUCUUCUUUUCCUCUUGGCUUUCUGAACAGCAUUUCCCUAUUGUUAGAUAGAAAUGGUGGCUAAAUCACUUUAAAGUCCCGAAAAAGACUAUGAAAAUUUGUUUAUAGAAUUGAGGUAACUUUCUCACAUAAUAGGUAAUACAUCACAUCUCUUUCUCUUUUUAAUUGUCUAUAGUAGAGAUAUAAUUUUUGUGGGAAUACAGUCAAACACGUCUGUAAAGACUAAAAUUUGGAAAUAGAAAAGAAAAUGGCAUUUGUUGACAUUUGGUCUCUCAACACAGGUAAAUUUACACUAUUUAUUGUUAAACGAGAAGAGAAAAUAAUGGCAUUUAUAAGCAGGUUUUAUAAUACUUAAAAUCUCGUUACUAAUUAGAAGGUAGCAUGUAUGAAUUGUUGGAGUAUAAUUUCUCACCAAUAGAAAUUAAUAUGCACAAUAGACUAAAGAUAAUAAAAAAAUGAAAGGACAACCAGCUAUUUGAUAGAUAACAUUAUAAUUACAUUUCUAUUAUAUCAUACGAAUACGAUCAUUUGUUUGUUGUUUUAUGAUGUUCACUGUAGCCAUGUAUAUAUAAUGUAUGUGUACCACAUGGGUAUAUGGCCUUCUGGUUGAAUGAAAAUAAAACUUGAAACUUGAAA